AUGUUUAUCGGUAAUUCAAUCGCUUCGAAAUAUGACAAAUAUGAUGAACAUAAGAAUCAGUGGUUGGGAUACUACAAUGAGAUGUAUUGUGUACAAGAUUUUGUAGCUGAUUAUAUUCAGUACCGAAUUCGCAUACACGGAAAUUACGGAAUACCAAAGUUUAUACAUCCAUGUAGACAAGGUUCCGAAAAUGAUUUGAUUCGUUCUGUGGCUUUAAUUUUUGAGGAGAAACAUGAAGAAGAGCUCCGGAAAAUGAUAGAAAUGUUAUGCGAGAACAAAACCUUUUCACUUAGUCAGUAUGUUGAAAUUAUGGAGCACUUCGUUUGCAUUCAAAAUGAAACACCAUCACAAAUGUCUUACGGACGCUUGAUAGCACUAAUCGCUUUCGCUGGGUUGAUUGCUAAGCAGUUAAGCGACAUGAAAUGUUUCGCAGAAGUUUCAAUGGUUAUGUCAUACACUUCAAAAUUUUUGCAAAAAAGAAUUUCCGUAACAUGGCCACAUCACAAGCGCUCUUGGAGCAAAUUCUUUGAUCUUGCAAGGACGAUAAUCAUAUUAAACAAAAAAGAAGCAGAACCAAAAGUAGAGAAGAAGGAAUGGCGGUCAGCAAUUAGCCGAUUAGCUGUUUUUGGUGUUCUAAGUCUUGCCGUUUUCACAUUAUUUAAAUUCAUGCUUAGAGCACGAUAA